GAAAGCGGAAGGAUAGUGUUGGGCAGCUGCGCCAGUUUUAAACAUGGCGGCGCUGGUAUCACUGCGGUAGUACUAGGCUGCUGGCAGGACAUGGGGAGAUUCAAUGAAACGCCUGGAUGAAUGUGGUGAAUCCCUAAUCUAUACACUGAAAAUAUGAAUGCUUCUUCUUCAUUAUAGCUGAAUGGAUAUACCGCCCUCCUCGCACCCUGUGGAAGGCGCACAACAUGCCCUCUUGCAGGCACUGCUCAGUCUCCCGCCUGGCUUGGCUUUGGGCCCCUCGCUUUCCCAAGGUGAAGGGAUGGGACUAUGGUGUGUCGGUAAGGUGCUGCAAUGUGGGACGCUCCUUCCUCCCCCCCUUAGCUCCGACGCUGAUGGGGGAUCCUCAGAAAUGAAGGAACCCUCAUCUCCACAUAAUGCCACCAGCUGGUUAAGGUUUGUAAGGAGCAACUUGAAGAAACAGAAUGUUAAACUGUGUUCACUGAGUGGGGUGGUACGUCUGCAGGUAAUCGCCACCAUCCAUCCUGGAUCAGAGCUUCAUAUUCACCAGGAAGGGCACAAACUUGAGAAUAACGGAAUCCCAGGGGAACAGCAGACAGACCUAAUGCCAGGGGCACAGAUGCCCGAGCCAUUAGAAUCCCCCCCGGUGCCUGCCGAUAGAAAAAAAAGCAAGUUGCUCUCGGAUACUAAAGAUGCUGAGAUGUUAGAGAGCAGCCACCUACCCACUGUGCCAUUGCCCUCCGUAAUGUCUGUAGUGACACCACAGCCGAAUGGGCCGUCUGCAGCUGGAACACCAGAAACAGAAAGAACGGCAUCAGCGGAACCCGCCGAAAAAGAAAAUCUAAGUCCAGUUAUAACAGAACCAGAAGGAGCCAAGCUCUUAAUUGGUCUCCAUCAUAUGAACAGCUCAGCAGGCUGUGCCACCCAGGGGCCUGUGCCGAAUACGGAGAGGGAAUCACAAGUCACAGAGUGCUCACAUGCUGCUGAUGUAAGGUCUGAGUCAGUCACAGAGAAUGCACUGCAGAUGUCACAGACCAAUAAUUCCCAGCACGGUGUGGCCGCUGUUGGCCAGAGUGAGUCUUCUCGUGACCAGGGUAAGAAGAGAGAGAGGAAGAAAGAGAGGAAUGCCCCCAACUGGAAAUCUACUGCAUCCACCAGGAAAAAGGGGGCGGAGACUACAGACACCCCUGUGGAUGCCAGAUGUGAGCCAGGCGCAUUGCAAGAAAGCCCUAAUGCACUUAUAGUGAAUUCAGAGAAUAAAAAGUGUAAAGUCCAACCUCAAACUGAGCGGCGGUUUCCAUGCAAAGAUUGUGGCCGAAGCUUUUUCCAGCUGGGCCACCUGAAGAAGCACAGUUUCAUUCAUAGCGGUCUGAAGCCCUUCCUGUGUACAGACUGCGGUAAGACUUACAGUUCAGAGGAGAGCUUUAAAGGCCAUUUGCUUUCCCACAUGGGACUGCGGCCGUUUAAGUGCCAGCUCUGUGACAAAGCCUACAGCACCCAGCGGGACCUGCGCGAGCACGCCGUUCUGCACACUGGGCAGCGCCCCUACCGCUGCGAGGACUGUGGCAAAAGCUUUACUCGGCGCCCCACCCUUCGCAUCCAUCGGAAGAACUAUUGCACUUCGGCUGCUACCAUCGACUUCAAGCCUUCUUUGGAGUGCCCGGUUUGUAAAAAGAUGCUGGCCAACAGCUGCUCACUGCGCAACCACAUGCGGAUACACUCCGGGGAUAAGCCGUUCAGCUGCUCUGACUGUGGGGCUGCUUUCCGCCACAAGAGCAGUUUGAGGGUGCACAAGCGCUUGCACACAGGUGAGAAACCAUACAAGUGCCAGUAUUGUGGCGAUGCCUUCCCACAGCAGCCGGAACUGAGGCGCCACCUGAUCAUGCACACCGGGGAGAUGUACCUGUGCACCGUCUGUGGCAAAGCGCUUAAGGACCCUCACACGCUGAAAGCCCACGAGCGCCUGCACACUGGCGAGCGCCCCUUCACGUGUCAGUACUGCGAGAAAUCUUACCCUCUUGCCACCAAGCUCCGUCGCCACCUGAAAUCCCACCUUGAGGAGAAGCCAUUCCGUUGCCAUUUAUGCGGCAUGGGGUACUCCUUACAGCCGAGCCUAAAGCGCCACUUACGCAGCCAUAAAGACGGGCAUGAGAAAGCUGAGCCGGGCUAUUCCGACGGAAUGGCGACUGAGAAUUCCGAAUCCACGGUGGUUUUUGUACAGGUGAUGGAUUCAGAGGAACUUCCUAGCCAGGAUGAGGUGCUUGUUGCUGAAUAUUCUGAGAAUUCAGAAUCAGGUCUGUCCCAGAAUGCUCCAGCAGUUCUUCUUCCCAUGCACUCUGGCAUACUAGCAGUACCCUCUGAGCCCAGCCAGGGAAAGGGAAUCCUCCUGCAGAAGGAUAAUGGCUCUGUAGUUCUACUGGUUCCGCAGGCUCUUGGGUUCAGCACUGUAGCAGAAGAAGUCGAGGUGGAAUCUGGGACGUGAAAUUGGACCUUCCGUAGCUUCUGACCCAUUCACCUAAAUAAAGAUCAGUCUUUCUGAUCCUGCAGCAUGGUGCAGAGCCUUCGGCGCAUCAACCAGUCAGACAUUGCAGGAUACUGCCCAGCUUUGGGCCAGAUCUUUCUACACUGCAGAAUAAUGUUGAUGGUUACUUGGAUGACUGUAGUGACAUGGCUUCUGGGUACAGUGCAGUGCAACGCAUUUGUGCCUAUUGAAUUACAGAGAAAGAUCUGCAGUGCUUCGCUUUGUUUUCUCCUUUAUUGCUGUCCUUAUUUUCAGAAAUGAAACAGAAUCCAUACAUAUACUGUAUCGGAGUAUGCGGUACCUCAUGAGCAAUCCAAUUACAGGAGACUCGUUUUUCCCUUUGCCCAGUAUGGCACUUACUGAAACAUCAGUACUGAGAAAAGGCUCCUAUAGUGGGGUGUGUUUUCUAUAUAAGCACCUGAGGGCCCAGGACUAGGGGGUUGACAAUGGAUGCCUAUUUACCCCCACCCAACCACAUUUCUGUAUAUUCCAGCAGCGGAGCUGAAGAGGAUGGUGGGGGUGUCGUAUUGCUCUCCUAACUAAUACACAUAGACUGUAUUGUACAUGGGAGUUAAAAAGGGGGCAAGCUAGGGAGAUGUGCUUAGGGCACUGGUGGGCAUUAAUCACUCUCCUACUGCCCCCUCUUACGGAUUUCGUAUUUAGAGGGGAAAGGAUUAACAGUUGAAGCAGUAAGUUGAUUGGCUAAACCUGAAGCAAACGUUGCAACAGUUACUGAGAAGAUUAUAAGUAGUAAUAAUAAUAAUGGGUGCAUUAUGUUACUGGUUAAGUAACCAUAGCCACCAAUCGGCAGGUAGCGUGUACUGUUUGAAAAUAGACACCUGAUUGACUAUGAAGAUUUUCAUUCAUCCAGGUCAUGGUAUAUCUAGUAUAUAUAAAUCUUAAGCAACUGGA